AUGGUUGAAAUCGAUAUCAACAAGGAAAAUGAGGAGGAGCCGGAUUUCUCUGAUCCUGAAGAUUAUGUUGAUGAUAUUACUGAUGAAGGUAUUGUUUUGUCUUGCCUAAGGAAAAUGAAUAUGCUAUAUCUAGAGCUCGUGAUGGAUGUGUUGCGUCAGCAGCCUUCCAAAGAUGAGUACGAGGAGGCCUGUUUGAUUAUUUUUGGAAUUCCCGUUGUUGGACCUGAAAGAAUGGGAAAACUCAAGACCGUUCUUGGCAAAGUAUUCACAAAUGUGGAACCCGACCAUAAAGCACACUUUCCUCUAACGGAGGAAGGGGGAAGUAAGGGUUGCGUUUUCAUCGAGUUUCCUGACAAGAUAAAAGCAGAAUACGCGAGAGGUGUACUGAAUGGCUAUAAGUUGGACAAAAACCAUGUCUUCUCCGCUCUUCUAUUCAAUGAGGCCAGGCAUUUCCAAAAACCUCAGGAGAACUGGCAGCCACCACAGCCUACACCGUACAAUGACGUGGGAGACUUGUGGUGGUGGAUGCAGCACCCGCGAUGCCGUGACCAGUUCGCGGUGCAGUACGAGAAAGAUGGCGUCCCAACGGUUGCUUGUUACUGGCAUAUCAAAGGGCAUGACCCUGAGAUCGCUGGUGAUGCGGGCAAAGCUGAACGCCCGUCGUGGACGGAUACCGUUUUCAAAUGGUCCCCACACGGGUCUUACAUGACUACAAUCCAUAAAAGAGGCGUGGCUUUGUGGGGAGGACCAGAAUUUGCGCGUGUGCAACGAUUUGCGCAUGAUAAUGUGCAGUUCAUUGACUUUUCACCAUGCGAAACUUAUUUGGUCACUUACGCCGAAUCCGCUGAAAAGAAUCGUUUCGGGGAUGAUGAGGAUUGCCUACGCAUUUGGGAUGUUGUGACUGGCGAAAUGCUGAAAGGUUUUUCUCUCUAUGCGCUCACCAACCGGGAUCAACUCCCUUGUUGGCCGUUCUUCCAAUGGUCUUUUGACGAGAAAUUUUUCGCUUGUUUGAAAGCACCUGAGAAGGACAAACUUGAGAAGGAGAAGAAGGUCAAUGGAAUAUCGGUCUUUGAAACGGAGACGUUCAAACUUGUUGAUCACCGCAAUAUCAUAGUGGAAAAUAUAAAAACUUUUUCUUGGAGUCCAACGGCGAAUAUAAUCUCUUAUUACGCUGAGUGCACUGAUUCUCUGCCUGCGGAAUUCGGUCUUGUGCAAAUGCCGAAUCAGCAGCGGUUGAGAUCUGGACGCAUUUACAAUGUUGCUGAUGCGCAAAUGUUCUGGCAAAAAAGCGGUCAGCGCCUUGCUGUGUAUACCAUGAGAUAUUCCAAAAAGCAGAUGAAAGAGGGUGGAGAAGUUAAAUAUGUUGGUGGUUGCACAUACCACAUCGAAAUAUUCGAGAUACAAAAAGAUGUGUCACUGAUGAAUUUGCCUCUGCCAGAGCCAUUCAUCAAUUUCGGGUGGCAGCCCUACGGGGAGAAAUUCUGCGUGCUUACCGGAAACCAAGCAAAGGCAACUCCAUUGGUGUACCGGAUCGAAGCAAACAGUCAUGCACCAAAACUGAUGAGCAAGCUGGACGCUGGCGUGCAAUUUAAUGAGGUGUCAUGGGCUCCCGCCGGUGGAUGGCUGGCUGUGCUAGCUAAGCGGUCAACGGGUGGUAAUGUCAUGUUCGUUGAUACGACCUUGCAAGAAGCAAAACGUACCAAUGUCGUAGAGCAUCCAGGUUUCAACAAGGGAUACUGGGAUCCUACAGGACGAUACUUCGUCACCUGCUCUACUCUGGGUGGUAGAAUGGGUGCUGAUCUCGGCUUCAGACUGUACACCUUCCAGGGCCGUGAGUUGUGUAGAAAAGCUUUGGAAAGAUUGUCUCAAUUCAAAUGGCGUCCUCGACCUCCCGUAAAACUCAGCGAACAGAAGUUGAAGGUUGGUGUGUGUUUUCAUUGCGUGCUGAAGUCUUGUCUGUGUUAAAU